GAGGGCUUGGGAUUUGCAGGCAUUGCAGCACAAUCCUCCACACUGCUACUGAAGCAAGCAAACCAAACAGCCCCUCCUUUCUUCCCAAAGAGAUAGUCGGAGCGUUGUGUGAAAUAUUCCAUUUCUGUGCUUUUGGCAGCCAGCCAGGGCCUUAAGCCCCGCCUAUUAACAAACGUCAGAAGAAAGCGCCGGGGAAGGGAAACCACGUGGGAAUCGGAGUGGGGAGCCCGACAACAUGGGGAAGAGGAAAGCCCGGCAGCAGCGCCAGCAGUUGAUUAGUAGCUUGAGUAAGAAACAAAAGAAGCACCUCAAGGAUUUCGGGGAGGAGCACCCUUUCUAUGAUCGGAUUUCUGGAAAAGAAAAGCCUACUCAAAUCUGUGAACUGUCUGAAAAUUCUGAGUCAUCAAACUCGGAAAGUGACACAGAGAGUGAUUCAGAACAGGUCUCAGUGUAUCACAAAUUACUGGCGACAUUAAAAACUACUUCACAUUUGGAAGAAGAAGAAUCGGAAGAGGAAUCGGAAGAAGAAAACAAUGAGGAGGAAACAGAAAUGGGCACCGAUGCACUCCAGGAUCAAGAAGAAACAGGGGAUGAAGGCAAUGACAGCAGUGGGCCUGACCAGGAAUUGGAUGAAGUUCCAGUGCAGGAGAACAGCCAAGAGGAACCAGGAGAUGCAGCUAUUUCUAGUGACCUAAAAGAUGAAACUGGUGAAGAGUUCACAGAUGUGAAACAUGAAUCUGAAUUUAGUCUAGAAACCAAUUUCAUGGAAGAAGAGAGUAGUGAGCCCAGUGCAGAUUGGAAAGAAAGCCGUUCUCCUGAAGAACUUUCAAAAGAUCCAUUUAAGCAUCACAUGGAUGAAGAUCUGGAAGAAAAAGAAAUAGAUAAAAUCCAUGCUUGUUCAAAAUCUACCAACCAAGUCAAGUGGCCACUACUGGGUCAGCUAGUUUUUUCCUCCACUUUGGAGAAGUUUGGAAUUAUUAAGCCAGAUAAAGAAAUGGAUUUGCAACAGCUUCACCUUCAGAAGCCUUUGGGAUCCACUUGGCCGAAAGUGAACAGCCCAUUCCUUUCCACGCAUACUAAGUCAAAAGAUCAGCCAUUUACCCCAUUGCAAAAGGAACUCUUCUGCAUUAUGAAUUCAUACAAGGAUUUGUUCUACCCAGAGAGGACUGCUUUAAGAAAUGGGGAAGAAGUUCGCCAUGUCUACUGCCUGCAUGCUCUGAAUCAUGUCCUGAAGGCAAAUGCACAGGUGCUUGGCAACAAUGCCAAACGAAGGGAUCAAAAACAAGGAGGUGAUGACGACGGUUUCAGAGAUCAAGGACUCACUAGACCCAAGGUGCUGGUAGUGGUGCCCUUCCGUGAGUCUGCUUUACGUGUGGUGCAGAUUUUCAUCAGCCUCCUUGAAUCAGCAAGUAAAAAAAAAAUAGAUGUGAGCAACAAAAAACGAUUCAAAGGGGAGUUUGGCUCAGAUCCAGAUGAGAAGCCUCCAAAUCUGAGAAGGCCGGAAGAUUAUGAAGCUGUCUUUGCUGGGAACAUUGAUGACCACUUCAGAAUUGGUGUUUCUGUUCUUCAGAGGAGUAUGCGACUGUAUGCGCCAUUUUAUUCAUCUGAUAUCAUCAUUGCCUCUCCUCUUGGCCUGAGGACUGUGAUUGGAGCCGAGGGGGAAAAGAAGAGAGACUAUGACUUCCUCUCAUCAGUAGAAAUUCUUAUAAUCGAUGAAGCCGACAUCUAUCUGAUGCAGAACUGGGAACAUGUUUUGCACUUGAUGAACCACAUCAACCUGUUGCCUCUGGAAUCUCACGGGGUGGAUUUCUCACGAGUGCGAAUGUUCAGUCUGAAUAACUGGUCAAAGUAUUAUCGGCAGACGUUGCUGUUUUGUGCCCUCCAGGAUCCGCAAAUCAACUCUAUCUUCAAUAAGCACUGUUUCAAUUACAGGGGGCAGGUCGCUAUAAGGAACGUCCUGUUGACAGGCUCCAUCAGUCAUGUUGUGGUACAGCUUCCUCAUGUUUUUCGGAAACUAGAAGCUGAAAACUCAGUUUCUGUAAUAGAUGCAAGGUUUCAUUUCUUCAUUAACAAAGUGUUGCCCGAGUAUCGUGAUGCAGUCAUGUCACACACACUCAUUUAUGUCCCAUCAUACUUUGAUUAUGUGCGCCUUCGGAACUACUUCAAGAAGGAGGAUCUGAGUUUUACACACAUCUGCGAAUACACCAAUAAAUCUGGCAUUUCCAGAGCAAGGCAAUUCUUCCUCAAGGGGAAGAAGCAAUUUCUGAUUUUCACAGAACGUUUCCACUUUUAUAAGAGGUACUCAAUUAGAGGCAUCAGAAAUCUUAUUUUUUAUGAACUGCCAACCUAUUCACAUUUCUACAGCGAGGUCUGCAAUAUGAUGAAGUUAGCAGAUGAUGGGGAAGAGGCCACAUUGACCUGUACUGUGCUUUACUCGAAAUAUGAUGCCCAAAAGCUGGCUCCUGUUGUGGGUGCUGAACGAGCAGCCCAGAUGCUCCAGUCUUCCAAAAAUGUGCACCUUUUUGUUACUGGGGAAACAGAGUAAAACUUUGGACUGAAACUUGAAUGGAUUUCUUGAACCAUUCAGUCAGAUAUUUGGAACUUGUAUUUCUUCUAGAGGAGCCAUCAGAUGAGGAAAGUUAUUUAAAUAUAUGAUACCUUUGUUUUUAAAGGGUUCAUCUUGUAUACAUAUUUUAGUGAAGCAAUUACUGAUAUGUGUAUCUCUAGGCAGUGUACAUAACAUAAAACACAACAAAAAUAAAACAGAGUAAAACUAUUAGCACUAUUUCACAGAAUAAAAAGUUAAAACAAUUUCAUGAGAUAAAAACAAACUGUUUAAAAUUAAUUUCAGUUAAAAGUCUGAGAAAACAGGUGUGUCUUGAGGGUCUUCCUAAAACCAAUCAGAGAUGGAGAUACUCUUAUUUUGACAGGGAGAGUAUUCCAAAGCCCUAGGGCAGCCACAGAGAAGGCCCAGUCCUGAGUCACCACCCAACAAGCCAGUGGCAACAUUUAACCGGACCUCUUCAGAUGAUCUUAAUAGGUGACAGGGUUCAUGUCAAAGAAAGCAUUCUCAAGUACCCUGGACCCAAGCCAUUUAGGGCUUUAUAGGUAAUAACCAGCCCUUCAUAUUUCGCUUGGAAACUUAGCAGCAGCCAGUGCAGUUCUUUUAAAAUUGAUGUUAUACAGUCCCUUCAGGUUGUCCCAGAGACCAGUGUGGCUGCCGCAUUCUGUACCAAUUGCAGUUUCCGGACUGUGUACAAGACAGCCCCACAUAGAGUACAUUACAGUAAUCAAGCCUGGAGGUUACCAGCAUAUGCACCACUGUUUUAAGGUAAUAUUUCUACAGAAAUUGGCAUAACUGACGUAUCUGUCAGAGCCGAUAAAAAGUACUCCUGGCCAGUGCCUCAAACUGAAAAACCAGUAAGGGUUUUGGAUCGAGGGGCACUCCCAAAUUACAGCUUUUAGGGGGAGUGUAACCCCAUCUAGAACAGGCAGAUAUAAACCAUCUCUCGGGUCCCAGCCCCCACACAGUCAGUACCUCUGUCUUAUUUGGAUUCAACUGCAGUUUAUUAUCCCUCAUCCAGCCCAUUACUGCUUCCAGGCAGGCAUUUAGGGAGAUUAUGCCAUUUCCUGAUGAAGUUGAUAUGUAGAAAGUGAUUUGGGUGUCAUCAGCAUAUUGAUAACAUCCUGCACCAAACCUGAUGAUCUCUCCCAGCGGUUUCAUAAAGAUCAUGGGAGACAGUAUGGAGCCUUGUGGAACUCCAUAGUUUAGUUCUCGCUUUGCAGAGCAGCAGUCUCCAAGCGACACCAUCUGGAAUGGAGAGGUAGGAAUGGAAAUGCCACCCAAUCCCACUUCAGGCGACCCAGAAUGAUACCAUAGCAAUAAAGCCCAAAUGACUUAUUUUUUUAUGAAAUUAUGGUUUCUGGCCUAUUGCUUUUGCUAGUAUCCAGAAAUAUGGUGCUGAGUUGUUGUUGUUAUUAUUACUACAUUUAUAUCCCGCUCUUCCUCCAAGGAGCCCAGAGCGGUGUACUACAUACUUGAGUUUCUCUUUCACAACAACCCUGUGAAGUAGGUUAGGCUGAGAGAGACAUGACUGGCCCAGAGUCACCCAGCUAGUUUUCAUGGCUGAAUGGGGAUUUGAACUCAGGUCUCCCCGGUCCUAGUCCAGCACUCUAACCACUACACCACGCUGGCUGUUUGUUGUGUUUCCACUUGUGUUGUGUUUCCACUUAUGAAUGGCCUAUAAUGCUUUUUUUAAAGCAUCUCAUUUGCCAUGUUUCAUUGAGUUCCUUUAGGAAAGAGUAAUAAUUUACUUGAUUCUCCCAUGGAUGGAGAAAGAGAAGUCAUAAACUAGUGAUGAAAAUAUUUGAAACUCCUUGUCAGUUUUAAUAAACUAGCCAAUCCAAUCAUCACAGAAGGAAACUAUAUCUAGCAACCCUAUCUCAGAGCUACUCAACUUGAGAGGUACAAUUUGGCCUUUCAGAUGCCACCUCAGAGGCUAGAAGGGGCAGGGGACGUUCCCAUUGGUCAGGUCAACAGCCUUCUUUAGGGUUAGAUAGCUGGAGCCUGAUCCAUCACUCUUUCCUCAAGAGUGCCCCUCUGUAAAACCUAUUAAAAGUCUAUUACAGGGCUACACAACUAUGGCCCUAUAGCGGUUGUUGGACUGUAGCUCCCAUCAUCCUCAGCAGCCAGUGAUGAGGGGUUAUGGGAGUUAUAAUCCACCAGCAGCUGGGUUGUGCAGCCCUGGGCUAUUAAAAUGCCCAGACAGAUAUAACUGCUAACUCUCUGUAUAGCUACCAGAGAUCCCAUGUAAAUAGAUGUACUGCCUGUUAGUUGUUUUCAUAUUUGAUGUUUUCAUAUUUGAAGAUAGCAUGUCAGACUCUUAAACAACUUAUUCUAAUGACUAUACUGUAAGUAUCCUUUAAAUGUCAAAGAAUGACUGCAGAGCCACUGGUCAUUAGACUGUGCGGUUGUUUCUAUUUUAGUUCUAAGCUAAUUGAUUGUAUAUAACUAAUUCCUUUCAUGCAGGAACUGAACACCACUAACAAGGCAAUUCCACUUAGUGCUGAUAA